UCUUGUUUAGGAGUAGUUUGUUUUUGGCGUUAAGGCACAAUGAGCAAGUCCAGCUCGCUGAAAGUCAAAAACUUUUUUAAAGUCAAGUCCCCGGACAAGGAGAAUAAGGAGCAGAAGCAACGUGCCUCUUUAGGAGAUGGAGCACCGAGGAGCCCUUGGGGCAAGUCGGCCACCCUACCGGCCAGCCCCGGUCCCCUCAGCCCCGGAGAGCACGCCCCGCCGCUCGGGGAGGAUUUACCCACCUCCCCGAAAGAGAAGAAGGCCAAGAAGGUGCUGUCCUUCAAGCUGAGAAGGAACAAGUCCAAGCGCAAAGAAGCUGGAGAGGUCUUCUUCCAUGAGACUGAUGAAAUGCCCAGCUUUGACCGGCAAAUGAGCUACGACCAGCUCAGUGUAUCCACCGAGUGCAGUUUCCGGACUGAGUCCGACUGGGACCCUCAUGCUGAAUCCAGCUCCAUGCUCAGCUUCGACAUGGCUCAGCCCAUCUCGCCUUCCAAAUACAAGAGCUCGGAGGAGAAAAGGGGAAUGAUCGAGCGUAUCAGCAGUUUCUUCAGCUCCAAAAGAAAGAGGAGCAGGCAGUUCUCAGAUGCGUCCAAUGAUGGAGGUUCUGUAAGUUCCCCAGCAUCCCCACUCUCCCCACGUUCUCCCCAGUCUCCAGAAGAAGAGGGGCUGAAGACGCCAACUGCUUCACGAAAAGACAGGGAGAUAACUGGGCUGGAGGUGACAGAGACAGAACGGGAGAAAGGUGCAGCGUAUGACUGCAGUCCCAGUCCCAGCGGGUCCAGCCUGGCCUCUCUGGCGACAGGAGAACUUCCAUUUGCAGACAGUGACAGCAGCGGCCGAAGCAGCGUGAGGGAGGUGCAUAUAUGUAGGGUGAGCACAGGAGACGGUGAAAGGAAUUCUGGGAAUGUGACUCCCACCCCUUCUGACCUUGCAGCUUCCACAUCUUUGAAUGCUGACUUGAGCUCAGAGCCGGGCUUCACAGAAUCAGUGGUGGAGGAGGUGAGCAAGAGGCUGCAGGUCCAUCUCGGGGAAACCAGCUUGAAGGAGGCAGAUGGUUCCAGUGAGGGCAUUGCAGCCGGCCAGACCACACUGCAGUCGCCUGAAAUGCCCCUGUCCAAGACAUCUGAGGCCCCAAAGUCGCCAAACAUGACCGCAAUAAGCUCUGAAUCCAAAAAGACUUCUUUGAAAAUUGGUGGGAAGGGGAACAGCAGCGCCCUGGUGGGAGUAAAACUAAGUUCUCAUUCUAAUCUUUCAUCUGGGGAAAGUCCAGCUGCUGCACGGAGCCCUUCACCUCAGGUAGCUGAAGCACCCAGGAGCGCUUCUCCUGUACAACUCCACAAAGCCAUUUGGGUGGAAACACACCUGGGAGAGGAGGAGGUGGAGGGGCAGUGGGAGGGGGAUAAAGAGAGGGAUACAGAGAAAGAAAGAAAGGAGAGCUUCAGAUCUGACUCACCACCUGUGCUGGCCAUACCGGUGACGGUGAUUCCUGUGGACGACUCAGUUACUCAGGGUGCUCAGGACAGCCCAUCUACCCCCUCUGAGAUUUUUGCAGCCACUGGCAGGGUGCCAGAACCAGCCAUUUCCUUGACACCAACCUCAGGAGAGUUCCAAACAAGCUCAGCCCAGCCAGAACAGUCUGAUUUGGACACGGAUUCAGAGACCAUUCAGGACAGCCGCAGUGUGAAAGAAAUUUGUGUAACGCGCAAGACCGUGAAACUGCCUUCACAGCACAAGUUUUUUGCCCAGAAGGUGGAUAAUAGCCCAGAGCCAAGUUUGGAUGAGAGCGAGAAAGCAGGGAGAAAAACGGAGAGAGACAGCAAAGAUUUAACCUCAAAGACUUCAGACACAACAGAAGAGAAAGCAGCACAAAGUCUCAAAAACAAAAGUGCUGAGGUUAAGGAAGCCAGACAUGAGCCUGGCACAACAGAUGACUUUGACACUCAUGUGCCUUUAGUCACACAACUUUCACCAAAGACAGACUCAGAGGCCUCUGACCUCGAUGACAUCUCUGCAAACUCAGACAUGCAUAGACCAAAGCUGCAGUCUGGGGGAUCACGGGUGAUAGGCCAAGGAACUAACCAGGCCACACCUUCUAUACGUGGCGUUAAAUCAGUAGCAACAGAGAGUAGGCUAACAACAGCUGGAACAAAGAGCCCAUCUUCAGCAGCCGGAAGCAAGACAAAAAAUAUCACAGUGAAAGGUAAGGGUUCCACAGAGAGCACAAAAGCGGGAACCCCCAGUGAUGAGUCAUCGGGACAUCGAGAUGAGAAAGCAGUUUCUAUGUCACCCAUGUUAAGAGACCAAACCAGUCCAGGUGGCACCAGCACCACAACCAGCUCAAAGUCUAGAAUCCCCAAAAAGUCAAUAUCAGAUGUUGACUUAAAAUCACCUGUGACACCAGAUAAAACAUCAGUGGCUGAUGCCUCUGGGUCACCGGUUAGUUCCAAACCACAGAAACAAACUAAACCCAAAGAAAUAUCAUUGAAACAUCCAGUUGCUACAACCAAAGCUAGCAAGAAACCUGGUUUGGAGGAUGGUAAGGGUGGGAAAGCUCUGUCAGGGGAUACAUCCCCCACAAAAGCACCAUCCAAGUCAGUGGCAAAGCUCAGCAAAGAAAAAUCAGCUGAGGACAUUAAAACUGUGAAGCUGGUAAAUGGACUGGAGAGAAGCCAUGAGGAGAGGAGUAAGAAUAUAACCAAACAAAGUGACAGGGAAGACCUGGAUGUUGAAAAACAGGGACGGACACAUCGGGAGAGCAAUGUUUCCGUCAAGCCAAAGAGCCGGCUACCCAUUUCAUCUCCUACAAGAAAGAGGAGUGAUGAAACACCACAAACAAGUGGCACUGAAUGUAAAAAUAUUACAACUGGUGAGACAGAACCAGAUGUCAGCAGUAUGCAUUCAACAUCAACUAGUCCGGAAGAACAGGAAAUUGCAAGUCCAGUGGAGAGACUCGCUAGUGAGAUACUAUCCCUCGCUCCAGAAAGCCCCCAGGAAGGAAGUAAAACACCCACAGUCUUAUCUAAACAACUCUGCAAAAGGAGCAAUAGCCAUGAGGAAAGGGACAAAGCCUCUCCCUCUCCACCUCCCACCAAGCGAGACAAAGCUGUCUCGGUGAAACACGGAAAACAGAGCGAUGUCCACUCCAACACGAGUGGACCGAGUCCAAAAAGUCCAAUCAGGGAUCCAAGGGAGUCCUCGUCUUCUAGGAGCAAGCUUCCUAUGCUGCAUCAGAAAAGCCCAACCAAAGUAAUAUCCAGAAAACUUCAAGAUUCUGCCACCAGGAAUUCAGCAACCACAUCAACAACUUUACAGAAAUCUUUGCCUGAGAACUCCAGCACAGAGACGCCUGUCAAAGUGUCUGACAGUACUGUGGUGGAAGACACGAGGCCACAAGACUCAGUGAAGGACAAGUCUAAUGAUGAUAUAUUAUCAUCUGAGUUUGAACCUAAGACUGUACAUGGAGAUAUAUUACCGGUCAGUGACUCCACAGUUGAUGAAAAACAAAUAACAGAGCUCGUAGAUAACCAGUCCAGUAGCUGUGAAAUCAACAUAGAGAAACCAGAGGGCACAGAAACGAGUGAACUAGUGACGAAAACAGGCAGUCCUGUGAGUGAAGAGGUCUCUAAAAUCCAAACAACACAAGAUGAUGAUGCCGUCAUUAAAAUAAACUCUCAGGUUAAAGCUACACCAGUAAUGGACCUUACACCCGAGGCAGCAGCUGGCAGUGAAGCUGUAAAAACAAUUGAAGCUCUGUUACCUGAAGUCACUGAAGCAAGUAAUGCUGAGGCAGACAGCCAGGGAAGAGAGCAUGAGGCCAAAGUUCAAAGAAAGUCUCCAGCUCAAAAUGCACCACACAUUGAAAGUGACUUCACCACACAGGAAGAGCAAACAUUAUCACCACCAGAGUCUUCUCAAAUCACAGCAAAAGACCAUCCCAUGGCAUCCAUGACACAGCCAACGAGUAACACUAAACUGGAUUUAAUCCAGGAGAAAAGACCCUCUGAGCUAAACUCUACUGGAUUAGACCGAGACAUUAUACCUUCUAAUGAGGAUGUAACGGAUACUGUAGCUGAACCUGAGGCGACUGACAACAGUCACUGUGACAAAAACACCAACUCAAAUCAUAAAACUGCUGUGCCCAGUAAUGCUUCGCUAAAAGCAUCAAAUGAGCUGAUACCAAAAGAAGAGAUUAGCAAAAAUGAUAUAUCUACUGAAAUGUCUUUAGAAAACCAAGAUGCUGAUGGAAAAAAUUCAUGUAGAGUCAUGCCUCCAGCAGUCUCAGUUGAUGCUGAUCUGGCUGUGACAGAACAGCAAACUUCAGCUGGAAUAGUGGGAGAAAAACAUGGAUUAUCUGAGGCUCAAAUCACAGAUAAAGUUAUUGAAAAUGAUGUAUUGAGCUAUAAUGUUGCCAUAGAUUCAAUGAAAAACAGUGAGGUGCAAAAGAAAGGCGAGGAGGAGAUUGACACGAAACCAGGAACGGAUAUGCAAACAGAGGCUGUGAUUGUUCUGAAAUCUGCUGAAAAUGUUGAGAAUCAGCUGGACAAAGAGCCUUUUUUACUCAUAAAGAAUUUGGCAAAAGAAUGUAAAAGACUGGGAGAAGACAUUCAACAAAAUGAAAAGCUUAAUGAUGCAUCAGUGGAAAGCGCUGACUCAAAGAGAAGUAGCAAACAGGGGCUCAAGGCCAUAAUCAUAAAAGAUGAAGUAGAGAAAGACACUGCAAAACCAGAGAAACCCUCUGAUCCAUCAACAGAGGCAAAAUGUUUAAAGCCUGAGUCAGAGCAGGAACCAAACAGAGCAGACACAAAAGCUCUGGAAGAGAAGAGGGGAGGGGCAGAGCAAGCAGAAAAAAUAAGCGCACUCCCUGAAAAUGCAGUGACUGUGGUCAGUGCAAAACAGGAGUCUAAUGUCUCUUUGAAAGAAUGUGAAUAUAAAGAAACAGAACGGACAGAGCAGCAGAUGAAGACAUCAAUGAAAAACUCCAAACAAGAACAAGAACCCAAACUGGUUUCACAAAAAGAUGAAAAAGUACAAGACAACAAUGCAAAAGAAGAGGACAAACAUAGUGCUGUUUUAAAGGAGAACAUCAUUUCACAGAUGGAGUCAACUCAGAAACCAAAAGCCACUCAGAUGGAUGAAGGUACCAAAGAAAAGACUGAAAUAAAUGAGUCAGAGAAAAACAGUUUGGUCAAUGAGACUGCACCAGAGAGCACUGGCGCUGAAGUUACCAGUAAAAAGGACCUCAAAUCUAUAAUUGUUAAACACCAAGAUGAGGAUGCAAAACCAAAGAAAAACACUGAGUCAAGUCUUCCAAAUCAAAAGUCACAACAGGAGCCAGAGACAGUAAGCACCAAAACAUCUGAGGGGAAGAGAAAAGGCACUAAAUUGCCUGCAAAAUCGAGUGUUGUCAAAACUGAAAAUCCAGUCUGUAUGACUGAUAUGAAACAGGAACAAAAGAUUCUCAUAAAGGAAAAUGUUGAAGAUGAAAAUAAAGAGGCAAAGCAAGACAAUGAGCAGAUUAAGGCACCAAAGAUGGAGGUCAAACAAGAAUCAAAACCAGUUUUCAUAAAAGAUGCCGUGAGCAACGAGAAAGGUGCACAGCUAGAGUCAGAGAACAAACCCAGUGUUGCAUCAGAUAAAAUGUCAGAACAGAAACAAGAGACAGUAAGCACAAAAGUUCUGGAGGGGAGGGGAAAAGACACAAAAGGACCUGUGAAAUCAAGCAUUAUCACCGCUGAAAAUGCAGGCACCACAACUGAUUUGACACUGGAACAUAACAUCCCCAUCAAAGAACGUGCUGUAGAUGAAAAUAAAGAGACAAACCAAGAGAGUCGGCAGAUUAACGCACCAGAGAUAGAGAUCAAACAAAAAUCAACACCAAUUGGCAUCAAAACUGACUUGAGUAAGGAAAAAUGUGCAGUACAAGAGAACAAACCAAAUGUUUCAGAUGAAAAGUUAGAACAGACACACGAGACAGUAAGCACAAAAGCUCUGGAGGAGAAGAGAAAAGACACAAAAAUACCUGCAAAAUCAGUCACUGUUAGUGAUACAAAAAAGGAGAAUAAGAUCUUCACCAAAGGGGUUGAAGAUGAAAAUAAAGAGAUGAAGCAAGAACAGAAGAGCAAAGCCAGUGUUGCUGCAGUCAAAAGUGAAUUUCAGAAGACAGACUCAAAACAAGAGCCAAAAGUGAAAACAAAUGAGUCAUCAGCAAGGGCUUCCACACCGAAAGUGGAGACUUUAAGAGAAGAGGAGACCCUCAUUGAGUCACCACAGUUUGCAAAGACAUUCCCCAGUCAUAGUAUGUCUUCUCCUGUUACAAUGAAGCCAUCUACUGCUCGACCUAAGACUCUUGAGCUGAACACGGAAUCUCCAUCUAGCUGGUUAGACGUGGAACAUCGUCCAAAACAUGAUAAGAAGAAGGACGACAAAAAAAGAAGACCAUGUGCCACAGCCAGCACCGAUAAAACCGCUGACGUUGAUGACUUGGAUGAUUUCAUCAGGAACAUCAAAGAAAGUGGCAUUCCUUUCUCAAUGCCUCUAAAAAAGCACAGUCACGUGAAAACCCCAUCUCCACCUUUUGCCAUGCCGGCCAUUAAGGAGGACCAUUUUGAGAAAACAUUUGACCCAGAGGAAUUCCAGUUUGGCUUGAGGAAAAAUGGCGUAGGUUUUAAGGAUCCCUCACCAGCUAUGGUGUUAAAACAAAGGGAAGGACGUGCAAAACAUGGCCAGCGCACUUUACCUACAGACACAGCGAAAACAUUUGAUGAGGUGCAAGAGACAGAUGCAGUUACAGAGGAGACUAAAGGUGAAGCAGGAAAGGAAGAGGUCCAAAACAAUGGCGAACAGCAUGGGAAGCUCACAUCGCGACUAGGAAGGAUGUCCAUUCUCUCUAGCCUACUGAGUUCCCCAAGGUCCUCCAGGAAGGCCAAAGAGGAAACUGCAUCAGUCUCAAAUGGCACUCUUCCACCCAAGCAACAACAGAGCACCGCCUCGCCUAGGGAGAAGGGAACUGUUCAUCCACCUUUGCCUGGCAUAGAGACAGAUAAGGCAGGUGUUAAAGAUAUGGAUCCAGGCCCACUUGUGGGUGUGGGUGUAGGUGCAGCAAAUGAGUCAGAAAUCAGCCCCUCCUCUCUUCCUCCACUUCCCUCUUUCUCAGAGGUAAAGCUGCCUGAACACCUAGAACAAUACCUCAAGAGGGACAAAGGAGAAUCUGUAACUUCCCAGGGCUCCACACAGACUAAAACUCAGCUGAGCGCUGAGGGACGUACUGUUAUGGACCAGGGUCUGACGACAGGACCGCCUAAUGUUGAUGCAGGCCCUACUGGACUAGCUCCACCCAGCAGCUCUAUCCAGCAGAUCUCUGGAAAUGGGCUUCGUACAUCUAGAACUAAGUUACGUGAAAUACGAGGGUUCCACAAAAGGCCUGGAAAGAUUUUAAUUCAUGAGCAUGCUCGGUUUGGAGGAGAGGCCUUCGAGGUACACCAUGAUUUAGAGGAUGCCACCAUGAUGAAGCUGUCCCCUGUCAUCUCCGUCACAGUCACCAGAGGAUGCUGGUUGCUAUAUGAAAAGCCUGGCUUCCAGGGACGUACCAUUGCCUUAGAGGAGGGGCCCACACAGCAAAUAGUGAAUAUGUGGGCAGAGGAGGGAACCCCCACGACACUGGACGAGACGGGCCAGGCCAUUCCAACAGCACCCAUGGUCAUAGGAUCUAUGCGACUGGUAGUUAGGGACUAUAGUGUACCCUGUAUUGAUCUGUUUACGGAGGUGAAUGGAUUGGGCAGGAGGUCAUCGUACUGUGAAGACACUGUAGAGAUUGGCUCCUAUGGAAUGCCGCAGAGCACCGGCUCCAUCAAGGUCCACUCUGGAGUUUGGCUGGUGUACAGCGAUCCUGGGUUUGGAGGUUUCUUAGCAGUGUUGGAGGUGGGAGAGUAUGCCUGUCCAGAGGCGUGGGGUUUCCCUGAGCCCUUCAUUGGGUCUCUAAGAGCCCUUCGAAUGGGUUCAAUGAAGGUGGAGCAUCCCAAUGAAGUUAAGGCCUUAGUUUUUGAGAAGCCGAACUUUGACGGAGAGUGCAUGGAGGUGGAGGGUGAUGUGUACAACUUGAUCGAGGGGGAUAACCAGCCAGAGGAGGAAGCAGAGGGAGGUGUUGGGGAGAAGAAGAUAUUGUCUACAGUUGGAUCUGUCAAGAUACUUGGCGGCCUCUGGGUGGGCUAUGACGAGGCAGACUUUGAGGGCCAGCAGUACAUCCUGGAGGAGGGGGAGUACCGUCACUGCAGCGACUGGGGAGGCCAUGCUGACGGGUUCCUGUCACUUCGCCCCGUACGCUCAGAUUUCUUGUCCCCCCACGUCAGACUGUUCAGUGAGCCGGAGUUUGGGGAGCGAGGGGUUAAUGUGGACUUAAUGGGCCCUGUCGUCAACAUGGAGGACACAGGCUUCGGUGUCAAGACGCAGUCAGUCAAUGUCCUGGGCGGAGUGUGGGUGGCCUUUGAGAACCCUGGGUUCAGUGGAGACCUGUACAUCCUGGAGAGAGGCCUGUACGGACGCCCAGAGGACUGGGGAGCCCACAACUUCAAGAUCUCCUCCAUACUGCCCGUCCUCCAAGACACGCUAAUGGGAUCAAGGAAAUUUAAGCUGCACCUGUUUUCUGAGCCGGACUUCCAGGGCAGACGGCUGGUCCUGGAGGACAGUGUAGCGGCUCUGGACGAGGACUUCAUGCCAAAGUCCUGCCGGGUGCUGGCUGGCAGCUGGGUGGCGUAUGAGGGAGCCCAGUUCACAGAGAACAUGUACGUUCUGGAGGAGGGAGAAUACCCCAACACAGAGACUAUGGGCCUCCUGUCUGCAGACUCCAACAUCCACUCCAUACAGACCAUUGGACAUGAGUUCUCUCUGCCCUCCAUCGUCCUCUUCAGUAAGGUGGGCUGCACGGGUCGCAGGGUGGGCAUGACAGAUGGAGUCGUCAGCCUACCACAAGCAGGACUGGAUUCACGCAUACGCUCUGUAGUGGUGGAUGGGGGAAUGUGGGUGUUGUAUGAGCGCUGUAACUACUGUGGGCGACAGAUGUUGCUCCUGCCCAGUGAAGUCGGUGAUUGGUUAAAAUUCAGCGGCUGGCAGCAAAUAGGAUCCCUGCGCCCACUGCUGCAGAGGCAGAUGUACAUCCGUCUUCGGAGCAGAGAGACCGGCUUUGUGAUGUCCCUGACUGGGUCCUUAGAUGACAUCCAGCUGAUGAGGAUUCAGGCCCAGGAGGAGACUGGGGGGCCGGAGCAGGUCUGGCUCUAUCAGGAGGGACAGCUUACCUGCAAGCUGGUAGAGGACUGCUGCCUGGACACCACAGGCAACAUGGUGAUGGCCGGCAGCCGGCUGUGUGUUUCCCCGGAGCGGGGCAAGGACAGCCAGCUGUGGAACAUCACACCGGACGGCGUGGUGCGCUGCCACCUGAAACCUGACCUGGUGUUGGAGGUCAAAGGUGGUCAGCAGUAUGACAAGCACCAGGUGAUCCUCAACACAUUUGAUGAGAAAAAAGUGAACCAGAAGUGGUCCUUGGAGAUUCUGUAAUGGACCUCAACUCACCAGAGUAGCUCUGCUGUGGGCCUCAGAGCCCUGUGAUGCAGCUCUGCCAGGGGGACUGAGCCCUGUGACGCAGCUCCAUUGUGGAACCCAUAACCUCGGAGAGUUUUCAUGCUAACAUAGCACCAUAAUGUAGCAUUUUGGUUCAUUUCUUGCGGAGGGCAAUGAAUCAACACAGCAACUAUCAACCAGACUUUAAAAAACCUUGCACUCACACAGCUCCUGAAGCAUUUAAGAUGUCUAACUGCGGGCAUGGCUUACCUUUCAGUAGUAUUGUGCCUUUUCUAGAAUGAAUGAGAGAUGAAAAAUGCUGGGACAGUCUGUUUACAUGUUGCCUCUUGACUUCUAUACCAAAGAAUCCACAUGCCCCUCUCUGUGUUUUCACUGAGAAAUCAGCCCUGUAUCGAUGCUGCAUCUGUCUCUUUUGUGGUACUUCCACGUUUUGUUUUUUUUUUUUGUUUUUGUUUUUUUGAUGAUCCUUACCCCAUGUCAUCAGUUAUGCUGAAACAAGAAUAUACUGUACAUUGUAAUAUGAAGUCACAUGUGCGUAGACACUCCAAAGAUGUUCUUCUUUUGAAAUUACUGUAGAACGUGAUCUAUUGUAAAGUUUUGAUAUAUUUCUAGCAUGUAGACUUGUUUUUUACAGCAUUAGGUUGCACAUGAGCAUUGGACGUGUAGAUAUGAGACUGCAUCCAUUUCAGUGCUGCACUGUGAUAAUGGUGCUGACCACUCUGUUCUAAAGUGACUGUAAAUAUGUGUAUGUUCCAGAACAAGGUGUUACAUAUGAAAAUAAUAAAAAUACAUAUAUAUAU